AUGCUGCAGGAUAAGGGCCUGUCGGAGAGCGAGGAGGCCUUUCGGGCCCCGGGCCCAGCGCUUGGCGAGGCCAACGCCGCCAACGCCGCCAACGCCCCUGAGCCCGCGCUGGCCACGCCGGGCCUCAGCGGAGCCGCGCUGGGCAGCCCCCCGGGCCCCGGGGCCGACGCCACUACCGCUGCCGCCGCCGCAGAGCAGACCAUCGAGAACAUCAAGGUGGGCCUGCACGAGAAGGAGCUCUGGAAGAAGUUCCACGAAGCGGGCACGGAGAUGAUCAUCACCAAGGCCGGCAGGAGGAUGUUCCCCAGCUACAAGGUCAAAGUCACAGGCAUGAACCCCAAGACCAAGUAUAUCCUGCUGAUUGACAUCGUCCCUGCGGAUGACCACCGCUACAAGUUCUGUGACAACAAAUGGAUGGUGGCAGGGAAGGCUGAGCCCGCCAUGCCAGGCAGGCUCUAUGUCCACCCGGAUUCUCCUGCCACUGGGGCCCACUGGAUGCGACAGCUGGUCUCCUUCCAGAAGCUGAAGCUGACAAACAACCACCUGGACCCCUUCGGCCACAUCAUCCUCAACUCCAUGCAUAAGUACCAGCCGCGGCUGCACAUCGUGAAGGCUGAUGAGAACAAUGCUUUUGGCUCCAAAAACACAGCCUUCUGCACCCACGUGUUCCCAGAGACUUCCUUCAUCUCUGUGACCUCCUACCAGAAUCACAAGAUCACACAGCUGAAAAUUGAGAACAACCCUUUUGCCAAGGGAUUCCGGGGCAGUGAUGACAGCGACCUGCGUGUGGCCCGGCUGCAGAGCAAAGAGUAUCCCGUGAUCUCCAAAAGCAUCAUGAGGCAGAGGCUCGUCUCCACUCAGCUCUCGGCCAAGCCCGACGUCAGCCCCCUGCACGGCCCCCACCAGGCGCUCCAGCACUACCAGUACGAGAACGGCGCUCACAUGCAGUUCGCUGCGGCCGAGCCACAGGACCUUCCCCUCAACACCUUCCCAGCCCAGAGGGACUCAAGCCUCUUCUACCACUGCCUGAAGAGACGAGCAGACAGUGCCCGCCACCUGGACUUACCCUGCAAGCGCUCCUAUCUGGAAGCUCCCUCUGCAGUAGGGGAGGAUCAUUAUUUCCGUUCUCCCCCUCCCUACGACCAACAGAUGCUGAGCCCCUCCUACUGCAGCGAGGUGACCCCGAGAGAAGCCUGUAUGUACUCGGGUUCGGGGCCUGAGAUUGCUGGGGUGUCUGGGGUGGACGACUUGCCCCCACCCCCCCUGAGCUGUAACAUGUGGACGUCGGUCUCACCGUACACGAGCUACAGCGUGCAGACCAUGGAGGCUGUGCCUUACCAGUCCUUCCCCACGCACUUCACCGCCACCACUAUGAUGCCCCGGCUGCCUGCUCUCUCUGCUCAGAGCUCUCAGCCGCCAGGAAACACCCACUUCAGUGUCUACAAUCAGCUCUCACAGUCUCAGGUCCGAGAGCGGGGGCCCGCCGCACCCUUCCCCAGGGAGCGAGGCCUCCCCGCGGUGUGUGAGAGGAAGCCGCCCUCUCCACACCUGAAUGCUGCCAGCGAGUUUCUCUACUCGCAGAGCUUCUCCUUAUCCCGGGAGGCGUCCCUACAGUAUCAUUCAGGAAUGGGGACUGUGGAGAACUGGACUGACGGAUGACUCCCGCGUCCCCCCCGACAGCCCCAGGACCAUGUUAAUCCAGUGUUAGCCUCUGUGGGUGGCCUGCACUACCAAGAACCACAGGAAGGUAUUUUAAGGGGUGGGGUGUGUGCAUGUCUGCGCGCGCGCAUGUAUUGGGAGAGCCUCUAUCAGGGCCUCUGUCUUCGGACAUACAACCGAGGCCAUGACAAGGCAAAAAACACAAUGGUCUAACAAGUGAUUCUGGCUGCAAGACCUGGGUCCAUUGUUAUCUGACAUCUCUUGAACAUGCCCAUGGGUGGGA